UUUUUUAAAUGGUAAAUGUUGUGUUUUCUUUCAAAGAACAGAGUAUCAGGACAGGAGCAGUAGUUCAUGGAAGACAAGAAAAGGAAAAAAGACGAUAAAAGGAAAAGGGAAGCCUCUCAGAAGGUUGCAGAACAAAAAAACAAAGUGCCAGACUUGAACAAGCCGGCAUCUGCCCAGUCUCCUGCCACUCAGAGCAGCUCUGCCUCCCCCAGCCCUGGACCCACCCCCUCUGCCUCUCCAUCCCCAGCCACCUCAGGCUCUGGCAGUGCUGCCACCCCGUUACAGGGCGGCAACAAUGCCAAACGCCUGGCGGUGGCCAACGGACAGCCCACCUCCACCACCAGUUCUUCCUCCACCGCUGGCGGCCCCAGUACUACUGGAAACGGCAGUACAAGUAGCGGAGGCGGAGCCCAGGCGCCGCAGCAGCAACCACGCUACAUGCCGAGAGAAGUGCCACCGCGAUUCCGCUGCCAGCAGGACCAUAAAGUGCUACUGAAGAGGGGUCAGCCGCCACUGUCCUCAAUGCUGCUGGGAGGGGGAGGAGGAGGAGGGGAUGGCCCAAAUGCAAACAUGGCUGCUGUCUCAGAUUCUGGUGCGGCUGCCUCCUCAUUGGCCCUCACCUCAUCAUCAGCUGCUGCUUCUACUACUACUUCUAAUUAUGCAAAUUCCAUGUGGGGGGCGAGCUCAGGCAGCCAGACCUCCUCUCAGGGCAGGGAGAAGGUGAUCGUAGAUGGCAACGACCUGGAAGAGUGGCCUAGCAUCGCUGGGAGUGAUGGAGGAGCAGCUUCAUUUGCCAGGGCUGGAGGGGGCAGCAGCAACAAUGGAAUGCCUGUGAACAGCAUCAGUGCCUCUGGCAACCAUUCCUCACCCACUUCCUCGUUCUCUUUGCCCAAUGAAUGUAUGCCGUCGUCUAACAGUGUGGCAUGGGGGACAGCUGCCUCCCAGGGUCAUCUUGGAGGAGGGAAUGCAGUAGCUGCAGCUGGGCCCUUGCUACAACAGCCCUCCUCAAUAUCCAAAGCCUCCACUGUGCCAGGGAGCCAUGAUGCCAGUGGCCCCAUCGAUGGAAGCAGUGGGAUUCCAGGUGCCAACUUCAAUCCAAAUGCCAACCCUUCGGCCUGGCCUGCCCUUGUGCAGCAGGAUGGGCCUGCUGCUGCAGGGGAAGGAGGUCCGUCUUCCUUCCAUCACCAGGGCCCUGGAGGGUCUUUGUCUGCCAACAACUCUUCUUCCCUGGGCCUGGGAAGUGGGGCAGUUGGGGUGCUGGGGGGUCACCCACCUUUAUCUGUGAAUCAAUCAAGCACCCAUCAGCAGCAACUUCAAAAAAUGCAAUCCAGAGACAGAGAGAUGGGAGGAGGGAAGUGGAACAGUGAAUCAGCGGGACCAAAAAUUGCAGGUGGGGAAGGUAUUAGUGGAGGAAUGGACCGUGGUGUGGGAGGAGGCGGGAUAACUGUGGGAGACCACAACCUUGCCUCCUCAUGGAGAGGCCAGCCUUCUUACCCUGCAGCUAACUCCAAAACGGGUGCCUCAAGGACUGAUGGAUGGGAGGGUGUAGGAGGUGGCACAGGGGGAUUUGGAACUGUUGAAGGGGACAAUGGGACCUCGGGUUGGGGUUGUCCCAGUUCUACUAGUGGGGUCAGUGCUUGGGGCAAUGCUGGAACUGGGGGAAACAGUAGUCAGACCUCUGGGGUAUCUCAGGGAGGGUGGGGGUCAUCAGGAGCCAGUGGGGAGAGACCAGUUUCUGGUGGUGAAUGGGGUGGGAGUUCUUCUGGAAUGGGUGGAGCUAACCCAGGAGGAGAGAGAAUGGGUGGAGCCUGCAGCAGCAACAGCAGCAGUAGUGGGGGCAGCACCGCUGAUAACCCCCCUGUCACCGCUUCAUCUUCCUUAACAGCCACCACUAUGACCAGAGCCUGGGACAAUCAGAAAGGAGAAGGUGAAACUGGGGAAUGGGGUGGGGGAGUAGUGGGACAGGGAGCACAGGGAGGAUCUUCAUCCAGCGGUGGAAACUCCCGAAAUGGGAGUGGACCUAACAGCAGUCACAGUCGUCCUCGCCACCCGGCACCAAAUCCUGAAACUGCCUUACAGAACCUGCUAAGCCGGACUGAUCUGGAUCCACGAGUCCUAUCCAACACAGGUUGGGGCCAAACACAAAUUCGACAAAACACAGCCUGGGAAUUUGAAGAACGUGGAGGACAGAAUAAAGGUGUAUUUUCAACAGCUACAUCAAAACACCCAUCUUCCCUUGGUGGCGGUUCACAGCUUUCUGGGGGACCCAGGACCCUAAUCACUGAAUCAGCGGGUCCAGGGGUCAGUCCCUCCCUAGUUCCAUCUGCUGGGUCCGGAGAGGGUUGGGAGAGCAGCAGCAACAGUAGCAGUAGCGGGGCCUCUGUGUCUGGGAGAGCCCCACCACCUUCAGGCCCCAACUUGAGGAAUCUCGGCGUCUCACAAUCUGGGCCAGUAAAUACAACAGGAUUAGGUAUGGGGUCAGGGGGAAUACCAGGGCAUAACGAGCAAGGGAAAGCUACAGGCUGGGGUGAAGGAGUUGGGUCUGGGGAUAGCCAGGAAACCAAGGGUUGGGGGAAGGAGGAAUGGCGAGACAGCAGUAGGGGAGGAAAUGGACGUGGAUGGGCCAAUCUUGGGCAACAGGGUGACCCAGUGAGUGGAGGAUGGGGAGGAAAUCAGGAGGAGAAAGGGGCAGGGGGUUGGAAAGACAUGGGUGGGAAUGGAGGAGGAAGUGGGUGGGGAAUGGGACAGAAGGGUGGGGCAGGUAGGGAUUGGGGAGAGCAAGAGUCCAAAUCAAACCGUGGAGGGGGAGGAUGGGAAGAUGAGAGGCCAAAUGCAGGCGGAAACUCAGGUGGGGAUAAAGGUGCGGGUUGGGGAGGCUGGGAUGAUAAUGCUCCACGGAGAACGUGGGGAGCAGGGGGCACAGGAGGAGGAGGAGGGAGUGGAGGAGGGGGAAUGGGUGUUGUUGGGGGUAUGGGGUCCAAACCCAAUCAAAAUUGGAGUGGAGGAAACAAAAUGCACCAGAUGCCAAACAGCCAGCUGGGCUCCAUGACAGGCCCACAGGCACAACUGCAACAGCAACAAUCACAGCCCCGCAAUCAGCUGCAACAAGCGUUGGACCAAGGGGCUAUGCAAGGGGGCGUGGGGAGGAAACCCAUCUCUCAAGCCCAGAAUCAGAACCAAAGCUCAGGCUGGACCUCGGGGCCCAUCCCUGGUGGGCCUGCAGGAGGUGGAAGUGGAUCUGAACCAAGUGGUUGGGAGGAACCCUCGCCACAAUCGAUAAGCAGAAAGAAUGAGAUAGAUGAUGGAACAUCAGCAUGGGGAGACCCAACCCAUUACAAUUACAAACCAGUCAACUUGUGGGAUAAGAACAGUGCCCCUGCUGGUCAGCAGUCACACAUUCAAGGCCAGCUUCAGCAGCCUCAACAGCAGGGGCCUCCAAUACAGCAGCAGCAGCAAUCUAGUAGGCACCCUGCAGGGCUUGGAAGUAACAGAGACUUCAAUGCUGGCAAUGGACCAGGGAAAGCUUCAGCUAUGGAUUCGUCAGGUUGGGGAGGUGCUUCACCAGCUAGUCCUACAGUCGACAAUGGCACAGCAGCUUGGGGAAAGCCCACUGACGCUCCUACGGGCUGGGGAGAGCCUGACAAUGCUGGAGGCAAGACAACUGUCUGGGGAAACCCUUCUCCCAACCCCAUUAAAUCCAGUUCAAAGACUAUGCAAGAUGGCUGGGGUGAUAAAGAGGCCUCUGUGGCGGCCUCGCGUCACUCAAGCUGGGAGGAUGAGGAGGAAGGAGGCGGUGGCGGUGGCAGCAUGUGGAACAACACUGGCUCCCAGGGAAGUGGCUCAUCCUGGGGACAGGGGAGCAAUGGAGGCUGGGGACAGAACCACGCUGGGAAGAAGCCCAACAACAAGGGCCCAUUGAAGGCUGGUGGAGAUUCAUGGAUGAGUCCCAUUAACAGACAAUUCUCUAACAUGGGCUUGCUGCAUGAUGAUCCCAGUGGCCAGAACAUGGACCUGGCUCCAGGUUCUCUCCAGGAGAAGAAGAUGGAGGCAGAGAAAAGAGGCAUGGGAAUGAAUGAUUACAACGGAGACAUGCGGAAGGGAGGAAGAGGAGGUGGGAUGGCAUAUCGUCCACCUGGUUCAAAAGAGACAGCACUUGGAGACACUGGGUCCUACUAUGACAAGACCUUGCCUUUGACCAAUCAGGAUGGGUGCCUUGGGGAGGAGGGUCCUUGCUCUCUGUACUCACCACCCACUGUCUACAAGCCCCAUUCCCUCUUCAACCACACUAUCCCUUUUAGACAAGGUGGUCACAGUAUCUUUGGCGGUGGUGGAGGCAUGGCUCAGUCAAGACACCAGCCAAGUGUCCCACCCAUAAAUCAGUCCCCAGGGAUACGAGCGCAAGUGCCUCAUCAGUUCCUGUCGCCUCAGGUGCCAGGCUCCGUGCUGAAGCAGAUGCCCCCUCCCAGCGGGAGCGUGGGGGGUGUUGGUGGCAUGGGAGGAGUGGCAGGCGUCGGGGGAGGUGUGUUCCCUCCACAGCUGUCCCCACAGCACAUCGCCAUGCUCAGCAGCAUCUACCCACCUCAUAUUCAGUUUCAACUGGCUUGUCAGCUCCUCCUCCAGCAGCAGCAGCAGCCACAACAACAACAACAGCAGCAACAGCAGCAGCAACAGCAGCAGCAGCAGCAGCUGCUGCAAAACCAGAGGAAAUUCACACCAAAUGUGCGGCAGCAGGCUGACCCUCAACAGUUGGCCAGGAUCAUGGCAGUGCUCCAGCAGCAGAGACAGCAGCAGCAGGUCGGAGGGUUAGGCGGCAGCUCCAAACUCUCCCCCUCCCACCACGGUGGAGGUGGUAUAGUGGGUCCCAAACUGCCUGUGGUUGAUCCCCUGCCCCACCCAGGACUGUCAGGAUCUGUGGCCGACCUGCAUCAAAAAAACCUUGGCCCAUAUUCUGGUUUUGGUUCUGGGCUGAACCUUCCGAGUCUUGACCUGGGUGGGUCUGUUGUCGGGGGACCCAGCGGCAUGAAGGACCUUGGGGGGCAGCAGUCUCGCUUCAAAUGGAUGAUGGAGGGACAAUCCUCUCCAGACACAGCCUCACCUGAGAAUGCAUUCCAUAAAAAUGGUCCGGUCACCCCCAUAAAGAUGUCAGGGGGUUUGCCCUACUCUCAUUAUGACAUGAUGGUUGGAGACGGGAUGAGUGACAACUGGCAUCGCACCCCUGGCAAGAUGGUUACCAAGCCUGCCACCACAACCACCUGGCCACCCGAGUUUCAGCCUGGUGUACCCUGGAAAGGAAUUGACCGCGUCGACCCCGAAUCUGACCCCUACAUGACCCCAGGAAGCAUGAUGGGAAAUGCAGUGUCCCCCAGCCUCAAUGAUACCGAGCACCAGUUGUUACAAGACAAUACAGAUUCCACCCCUCCCCUCAACACCUUGCUGCCUUCACCUGGUGCCUGGCCCUACAGUGCCUCAGACAGUCCCCUCAACAACGCACACAACUCAGUAAAGUACACAGACUACAAGACCAGCUGGCCCCCAGAACCCAUUGGACACAAGUCCUGGAAAGCCAGCCAUGGCAGCAACCAGAACCAGCUGUCCCGCCUUCCUCCAGGACUCGCCAGUCAAAAGCAGCCAUCGUCUUCCCCUUGGUCAGGAGGAGCCCCACGAUUGGCUGGCAGGGGCUGGGGUGGAAGCUCGAGCACCACUGGCUCGACCUGGAGUGACGGAAGCUCACGGGAAAGCUGUUGGUUGGUUCUCAGCAACCUCACACCACAGAUUGAUGGCUCUACGCUGAGGACCAUCUGCAUGCAGCACGGUCCCCUGCUGACCUUUCACCUUGGCCUGACCCAGGGCACAGCUCUAAUACGCUAUGGCUCCAAACAGGAGGCAGCCAAGGCCCAGAGCGCACUCCACAUGUGUGUUCUGGGAAACACCACCAUCUUGGCGGAGUUUGUGAGUGAGGAGGAUGUGGCUCGCUACAUUGCACAUUCCCAGGCUGGAGGAACAGGUAGUGGAGGAACCACGGCCAGCUCCGCAGGCUCCGGGCCUUCAGCAACCUCUGCAGUCGGGGCCAACAAUAAUGGAGGAAGCUGCGAGAGAGGUGGAGUAGUGGGCAGCAGUGGAGGAGGAGGAGGUGGAGAAGGAGGCUCCACAGUUGGAGGAGCAGGAAAUGUUGGAGCCGGACCUACCAGCUCCGGGUGGCAGAGUCUGGACAGCACAGGCAGCUCAUCGGACCAGUCCGUCACCCAGGGGCCCGGGCUGGGCAUCUUUACCCAGUGGAGCAGCAAUGGGAACGGGGUGGGUGGAGCUGGAGGGGUAGAUGCUGGAAGGCAGGGUCUGUGGGGGGGAAUGGGUGGCAUGGGCGGUGCAGGUUAUCCAAGCAGUAGCCUCUGGGGUUCCCCGGCCCUGGACGAUCGUCACCAGAUGGGCAGCCCCGCCUCACUGCUUCCAGGGGACCUGCUGGGCGGGGGGGGCGACUCCAUCUAAGCAUUCAACUAACACACACAAACACACACACACUCUCUUAACAAGUCAUAUUACACACGUCACUCUCUGUGCUUAUUUACUCAGCAGAGAUGACGUGAAUUAAAGCUACACUGGUCACCUUACAUGCAGAAAGUCAACAUUUGUAAAACACACAGGCUGCAUUCAGUACAUCCACUUCACACACACACACACACACAUUCACUUAACUUUAAAUGAAGACAAUAGUAAAACUUGAACCGGGGAAAAAGGUGAACUCCAUUAAAACUCUUUAGGACUCAACUGGACAGCUCUUUGUCUUUGUACUCCAAAUCCUACCAUCUGCAUUCAGAGACCCAGUCACUCAGGCAUGCACUGUAGACAGGCUCAGCCAGAGUCAUACAUGUCAACAAGUUUAGCUAUUGCUGUUUUUAGUGUGCCACACUUAUUUUUUUCUUUCUUUUUUUUUUUGGUUUUCUUUUGUAUCACUAUUUAAUGGUUGAUUCUCAAAAAACAAAACAAAAAAAAAGAUAUUCAGACUUGCAAACUGAGCCCUCGUAGACCUAGCAGGCGCGUACUUCUGAGUUCUCACGUUUGGAAGCUUGUGAGAGUGGGGACGAAGGGAUCUGGAGUCGGUAUGAAAAUAUGGGACAGCGCCACACUACUGAGUCAAACGGACGAUCAGCAGCCCCCUUUGAGACGAGGAAGAAAGGAGAGUGUUUUUCGUAGGUACUGACACCUUCUACCUUGGUGGAAAUAUGCCAUCAACAAUGGGACCCAGGGUUGUUAAAAAAUCAAAAAAAAAAAAAUCUACAAAACAACAUUAGCCAAACUUGCACUAUAUGCCUUUGGGUUUGUUGUUGACACAUCAUCCACAAAAAAAAUCCCCCCCCUUCCCUCCCCUCUCCCAUUUUUUGAAACAGAGCUACAACAACUACACAGACCUUAACAGGACAACUAAAUGUUACAGCAGCAGUGGCCUUGGCUCACGCGCAGCGGCCGCGCGCCACGUCAGCAGCAUCACGCCGUCUCAUCCGUUCCACGCUGCUCUUAUAUUUGACAAACAAAAUUGUAUCUCCUCGUUGAUGUACGUCGGUUGUUUAUCAUUAUUAUUAUUAUUAUUAUAUAUGUUUUUUGUUUUAAAAAAAGAAAAGAGAAUUGUGUGAACUUUGUGGAAAUCCAGAGAUGUCCUCUUUUUUUUUUUUCCCCCUUUUCUUUUUGCCCUUCAAACACUGACCUCGCUAUUAUAUUUUUCUUACUCGAGAAUUCAAGUUGGUUAUUCUAUAUUGUCAUGAUGACUAUGAUCACUUAUUUACUCGCUGUACAAGGUGCCCUCCUGCCUGCCUGUGUGUGCAUGAAAGGAGCGUCGACAGUAUGGGCCGAGUGGAGGAAGAUGUGAUGAAGACGAUGUCUGUCUGUGUUAUUGCUACAUUGAAUGUUUUUUUUGUUGUUGUUGUUUUCUCGUCCAUGAGAGAUUCAUGAGAUGUUUGUGCGUGCGUGUGUGGAUGUAAACAGGUUUGUGUGCUUGACUGACUGUUGUGAUGGCUAAAAAGUUCAAAAACAUUGGCACUAUUGCAUAUGUCUCUUACGUUGUGUUUUUUUUAGCAGCAUUUUGUUCCUGUUUGUAUUUUUCUUCUUUUUUUUUCUUUCUGUCAAAUGCAAUAAGAGAAUGAUAUUUUGUUUUUAAAGACAAAGCAACCAACUGAAGGCAUUUCUAUUACGAUGCCAAAUCCUAUCAUACCAAGCUGAGCUGGAACAGUGUUUUACAAACACGUUAAAAGACAUUACAUAUGUUUAACGGUUUGUUUGUUUGUUUAUGUAUCAAUUUAAAUUAAGUCAGUCUUUAUUAUCACUCCUGUUCAGGAUGUUAUCAUUUAUUUCAGAUGUUACAAAAAAAGGAGAGGAAAUUAAUUUAAAGCAGAAAAGAACAAGAUAAUAAAGAUUGAAUUGAAGGUUA